UGUGUAUCCCCAUGUCAAACAGUAGGUGACAACCCUGUCCUUCAAAAGAGUUGGUACUGCUUGACUAUUUUUCAGGGCUUUCCUGGACAGCAACCUCUGUCUCUGGCAUAAAGAAGGGCCUGGUAUCGGGGGAGCCCUGGAACAAGCUGUGUGUUCUGAUCCAUCCUGGGGUAGCUGGGUCCUGUCUGUGCUCGGUGGAGCCUGGGAUUGGUGACAGAGGGGGAGCUGGGGAUUUGAGGCAACAGGGGACCUGUGUGGGCUCUGGGGCCUAGGGAGAUGUUACGGGGGGAGGGGUGUGUCUUCAGCCCCUGGAUUCUGGCGCCGCCCCGAGGGAACCCUGCGGCCAGGGUGCUUGGUGUAUCCGUUUACAGCUGUAUCUGUUUACGGUGCGGGUGGGGAGUGGAGGAGGGGUUUUCCUGAUUGACUUCCCAACCCUGCCUGCCUGAGUUUGGCCAAGAAGGCAUUGUUGAUGCUCAUGAGCUCACAGAGGUGGCUGUGCAGGCCCCGCCCACUUCCUACAGCCCUGGUUCUCCCUGCCCUGUGCCCAGCCCCCAAGUGCCCUCGGAGCUGCUGGCCAGGGGUCAAGGGGCUGUGGGAGCUCAGGGCUAGCACCUCCCACGAGUCCCCAGGAACCAUCAGGACAUGAGGGUCCUAGGCCUCCCUUUUCCUCCUAUUCCUGUUUGCCCUGAAUGCCCCCACCCCAGCUGUGGUGGCCCCCAGGCCCUGCCUGCCUCAAGGAUCCAAUCAGAAAAGAUGCAGCCCAGUGGUACCUGCCACAGAGACCGGAGGCUGGGUGUGUUGGGCCUCUGCUAGGCUUGCACCUGCUGCAGACCAGGCGGGGAAGCAGAGGUGGGGCUGCAGCUGGCCUGGGAGGCCUGGGCUAAGGCCACUUCUCCAAAGGCCCUUGAAAGGUUUCGCUGGUGCCUGGAGGCAGCAGUAACCUCUGCCCCUGCCAAUCUGUGAAGCUCCCAGGAGCCUUGGCACCCCCUGAGUCCCCUGGGAGGCCCUGGGCUAAGCUGAGAGCCCAGGGCCUUGAGAGGAGCCACCAGCACUGAGGAAUCCAGGAAGCCCUUCCGAGGGACACCCCUCCAGAGACCCCCAGGAAGAGAUCACCACAAACACAGGCGCAGGAGCCCCUCAUGGAGCCUCCAGGCGAGCAACACUCGCAGGAAGCACCCCCAGAAGAGUCCCUGCCCAAGGAGUCGGGCCUCGAGGUGGCACCCAGCACGCACGUUCUCUAUGUGGGCCACCUGAACCCACAGUUCUCAGUGCCUGUGCUCGCCUGCCUGCUGCGCGACACCCUGGAGAGGCUGGAGCUGCCGGUGGCACGGGAGCACAUUGAGGUGGUGCGGCGGCCGCGGAAGGCCUACGCACUGGUGCAGGUAGCCACACACGGGGACACCCUGGCCUCCCUCCACUGGCGCCUGCAAACAGCCUUGGAGGAGCACCAGAUCCUCAAGGAGCUGGUGGCCCGCGGGAAGGAGCUGGUGUUGGGUGAGGGCCGUGGGCCCUCGAGCCACAGAGAGCAGGAGGAGGACAGCGGCCCAAGCCCCAGCCUCAGCCCCGGCCCCUGCCCUGACCCCAGCCCAGGCUCCCACCUCCGGCCGACCCGGCUCACCAACACCCCUCCUACCCGGGCCCUGGCCCAGCGGCAGCGGCGGCAGAGCUCCUGGGUCCCACCCAGCAGCACACGCUCCGACAGUGCCAUCAUGCACCAGAAGAUCCUGGGCCAGGAGCAGCUCUUCCAGGGCGCCUUCCUGGGCAGCGAGACGCGCAAUGUGGAGUUCAAGCGGGGGGGCGGCGAGUACCUGACCCUGGCCUUCAAGCACCACGUGCGGCGCUACGUAUGCGCCUUCCUCAACAGCGAGGGCGGCAGCCUGUUCGUGGGCGUGGAGGACAGCGGCCUGGUGCAGGGCAUCCGCUGCAGCCACCGCGACGAGGACCGCGUGCGCCUGCUGGUGGACUCCAUUCUGCAGGGCUUCAAGCCCCAGGUCUUCCCUGACGCCUACACGCUCACCUUCAUCCCUGUGGUCAGCACCUCCACCACCAGCACCCCCCUCAAGGUGAUCCGCCUAAGUGUGCACGCCAAGGCCCAGGCUGAGCCGCAGCUCUACGAGACAGACCUAGGGGAGGUGUUCCUGCGGCGUGACGGGAGCACCCAGGGCCCACUGUCCGUCUGCGCCAUCCAGGAGUGGUGCAGGCAGAAGUGGACAGCGGAGCUGAGCAAGCUGGAGGAGAAGGUGAACGUGUUGACGGUGGAGAAGGAACAGCUCCAGGAGCAGCUGCAGCAGCAAAAGCCUGUCUCCUGCACCUGCUGCGUCCUGUGAGGGCCCCAGUGGGCAGGAAAGGGCGGCGCAGGGAGGCGCCUCUCCUCAGCCUGGGCAAUGCAGGGGUUUCCUAUGUGAGCCAGAGUCCUCCCAAUAAAACCCAUCUGGGCUGCUCAGAGGUGGCUGGGAGAGCCCCACUUCCUCGAUCCUUCGACAGCCCUGCCCACACACAGGUGGGUCCCAUGUGCCUUUGAUCCUGAGCAGACCCCAGUCUGUGUAGCUAAAAAGUAGCUCUUGGCACCAUCCCCAAGGAACCUUACUUUCAGAAAAAACUUGGCCAGAGCUGUCCCAGGGCUGACUGUUCUUCUCCAAAAUGCUCACUGCGCCCAGGCUGGGGUCUGACUCCAGUGGGCUAGACGGCCAGAAAGGAAUGUGUCAUCCUAGGAAAGCGCCCCGCAGCGGCGAGGCACACUCGCUAACUGUGGUGCAGGGCAGGCCGGCCACCCUGCAGCCCCCAGCCCGUCUACUGGGACCUGUGAUGGUCAAAGCUCUUUAAUAAAUUACAUGCACCUGGGGCAAGAACGGUUAUUUCUAGGGACCCAAUGUGGCAAUGGACGCCAAACUCUGAGCUCCUCAGGGACACCCAACCACAGCGCCUGAGCCAGGUCUUCAGAGGCUGCUUGAGAAGUGCACAGAGGAGGGGCUGCUCAAGAGGUCAGAGGCGAGCCAUCUGUGAGCACCUUCCACGUGCCAGGCACAUGCUCAAGGCCAGCCCAGGCAUCCCGACCCUCAGGAACACUCCUGUCGGGAAGCGGCCGGUUUCCACAAAGGCAGGGUGAGGUCAGGCGGUAGUUGCGCUGCUCGACUGUAGGAACUUGCCCGGCUCACCUGGGUUGAAGUGAAGGGCACUGGAGGCACUUUGCUGGGUCUCCUCCCCAAGGAGAAGCCUCUGGGCACCGGACAGUCAACACCGGGCGUGGAAGGCCACCCUCCUGCACAGCCUCAGCUUCAGCCCUCGCCCCUGGUACAGUCCUGUCUGCCACAGCCCAGGUGGCAGGGCUGGUUGAGUUUUGUAAGCCCUAAAGCCAUUUGGGGUCCCAUUUCUAGCAAGGUUAUGCAAGAGGCCAGCACUCAACAACUGGUCAGCUGAGACACUGUGAAAGGCAGGGGCGGCAAUACCAGCCCCCUGCGAAGCUUUUGCAAACCACCCACACCCACCCAAGUCCUGGCUGUUGCAGAGACACUGCCGUCACCAACGGACAUGUCAGAGCCCUCAGUUCGGGGAAGGGCUUUUAUAAAAAUGACUGAAGCCUGUCUGAUGGACCACCAGGUGGGAAAAGAGGCUAGAAUGCACCCAGUCGCCACACUCAAAGUAGCAAGGCAAGUGUGAAGACCUCUGUCAGCAAAGACACUUGAUUUCGGUCCAUGAGAAAUGAAGACAAAGGCCAAGAGGAGGAACGCCGGCUCCUGGGCCUCAGCAGUGAUGGUGGCCUUGGUCUAGUGAGUGGAAGGAUAAAAGGGAGCCUCCUCCUUUUCUGGAUCUCUCUGACGGAGGGCCAGGUCAAAUGGUGAGAAACAUUUUUCUCCCCAACCCCUAAUUUCUCAAAUAUCAAUGAGUUGGACCGGCCCCGUGGUCCCGUGGUUAAGUUUGCGCGCUCCGCUUCAGCAGCCCGGGGUUUUGCCAGUUCGGAUCCUGGGCACGGACAUAGUGCCACUUGUCAGGCCAUGUCCCACAUGCCACAACUAGAAGGACCCACAACUAAAGCGUACAACUAUGUACUGGGGGGAUUUGAGGAGAAAAAGCAGGGAAAAAAAGAUUGGCAACAGUUGUUAGCUCAGGUACCAAUCUUAAAAAAAAAAAAUCAAUGAGUAAAGGCAUUGACCGCCGACAAGCAGCCGGGCCUGAGCCCCGAGCAUCUGCCUCAGGCUGUCUGCAGAGGAGCCGGCUCAUGGGGUGGUGUGCUCAGCUGCCAGCGUGUGGGUGGUGGGUGCCAGGGUCACCAACACGCCACAAGGAGCACGGGUUCAAUAUCAAUGAUUUCACUUGGGGGAAGAACCACUCAGGACAAUGCUCUGGACUCAGAAGGCUGGGGAGGGCAGGAGGACCCGAGGGGCACAGAGCAGUCCUGCCGGCUCACGCGGCUCUGCUCUGCUGCUCCUGGCCUCGUCCGGAGGCGCCCAGGUCCAGGCCCCAUAGAGGGAAGGACCUCCUCCAUACACAUCACAGGAAUGCCCCCUUGCUCAAGAGCUGGCAGUGUACUCGGCACCCUGCUUCUUUGAUCUCUCUAUGCCAAGAACCACAAUUUGAAGGGCUUGGGGGAAAUUCUGGUUCCCAUUAAAAAGAAAGCCUCCCCUGUUAGUUUUUAAACUAUCAGAUCAUCCACUUAAGGGUGCUCACCUGGAGGAGCCCUGGCGCGGACGGUUCAGGUGACCGCACACAGGCACGUCUGGCACUGUGCUCAGACAUCUUCCAUCCAGCCACAACAAACAAGCAUUGUACAGUGUGUCUGCUUUAUUUAUUUCUUAAGUUAGAGUAUACACGGAGUCCAGCCAGAAUAUAGUGGGCACACAGCCGUGCCCAUCAGUACAUCACAUUAGGAAAA